GCAAUAAGUACUCGAUCUAUAAUUAUUGGCCGGACCUCUUGGUGAUACUAAUCUCGCAUACACAUCUGAUCGAUCAGGAUGAGCACUUCUUCCAUGGCCUUUCAAUUAGGAGCUUCUUCCUCUCUCUCAUUCUCCUCUUCUUCUUCUUCCAUUCGUAGGUGGACUCACGACGUAUUCUUGAGUUUUAGAGGUACGGAUGUUCGCAAUAACUUCAUUGCUCAUCUACACUAUGCUUUGUCUCGAAGGGGAAUCAACACUUACAUAGACAACAAUCUCAAAAAAGGAGAGGAAAUUUCGUCAGAACUUCUCAAAGCAAUUGAUGGAUCAAAGAUUUCUAUCGUUGUACUCUCUAAGAACUAUUCAGAUUCUAGAUGGUGUUUAGAUGAGCUAUUGAAGAUUCUUGAGUGCAAGUCAACGGUGAAACAAAUUGUUUUACCCCUGUUCUACGACGUAAAUCCGUCAGAUGUACGACAUCAAAAAGGAAGUUUUGGAAAAGCAUUUGCUAGACUUAGAUCUGCUAUUAAUGAUGAAGUAAAGGUUACACUGUGGGAGACAGCUUUAAAAAAAGUAGGCAGUUUGGCCGGCGUCGUAUUAGGGGACAGCAAUGAAGCAGACUUUAUUUUGGACAUCAUUACAUGGGUGGACUCGAUAAUGGUAAAUCGUACAUCUCUUAAUGUUGCUAAGUAUCCGGUUGGAAUGGAGUCUCGUGUACGAGACAUUUAUCAACAUUUAAGCUUGGAAAGAAAUGACAUUACAUGCAUGGUAGGAAUAUGCGGAACCGGUGGAAUUGGUAAGACAACUAUUUCAAAAGAGAUAUAUAAUAGGAUUUUUCAUCAAUUUGAAGGAAGUUGUUUCUUGAAAAACAUUAGAGAAUCUUCAACAACAGGAGGUUUGAUUCAGCUACAAAAUACACUUCUUUAUAAGAUUUUGGGAGAAAAUUUGGAUGUUCGUGAUUGUGAUAGAGGCAUAAAUGUGAUCAGUCAUAGACUUCACUCUAAAAGGGUUCUCCUAAUUCUAGAUGAUGUGGAUGAGUUGAAACAACUAGAAACAUUAGCUGGAGAUCGUAAAUGGUUUGGUCCAGGAAGCAGAAUCAUCGUAACAACAAGAGAUCAACAUUUAUUAAAUAUCUCUAAAUUUGAUUCAACAUACAAGAUGAAGAUUUUGGCAGACAAUGAAGCUCGUAAGCUCUUUAGCUUGCAUGCUUUUGAGAAAGAAGAACCACUUGACAGUUAUGCAAAAGUCUUUGAACAAGUAAUGCAAUAUGCUCAAGGUCUUCCACUAGCUUUAACAGUGUUGGGUUCAAAUCUAAAAGGUCAAACCAUUUGUCAAUGGGAAAGUGCAUUGGUUAAAUAUAAAAACAUCCCCCACCCAAAUAUUCAGAGAGUACUUCAAGUUAGUUAUGAUGGACUGGAAACACAUGAGAAGGACAUGUUUCUUGAUAUUGCAUGUUUCUUCAAAGGAGAACCUUUGGCUGAUGUCAUUAAAAUAUUUGAGAGUUAUGAUUUUUUCCCAAGUCAUGGUAUCCAAAGGCUCAAGGAAAAGUGUCUUAUUACAGUUGAAGGGUAUGGUGAUGAAUAUGUUUGGAUGCAUGACUUGCUACAAGAUAUGGGUCGAGAAAUUGAACGAGAAAAAUCAACCAAAGAUCCUAGGAAACGCAGCAAAUUGUGGUUUCACAAGGAUGUUCGUAAAGUGUUGGAAGAAGAUCAUAAGGGGCCAAACGAAAUUGAAGGCAUAGUAAUAGAUUUACCUGAAGGCAAUGAGGAGAUAAGCUUGCAUCCAAAAGCAUUUCGACGAAUGGAAAGACUGAGAGUCUUUAUAAAUCGUAAUGCACGUUUUUCUUGUGCACUAAAAUAUCUCUCUGACGAGUUAAGAGUCCUUGAUUGGUAUAACUAUCCUUUAGAAUAUUUGCCACAAAAAUUUCGAGGGAAGAAUCUCGUUGUGUUUAGAAUGCGUGAUAGCAUCAUCAAGGAAUUAGGGAACGUAUUCAGGCCCAAGAAUUUGAGGACCAUGGCUUUCUGUAGUUACUUAACAGAAAUUCCAGAUCUUUCAAGCACCCCUAAUUUGAAGAAAUUGACUGUCAUAUUUUGUAACAAUGUAGUUAAGGUGCAUGAUUCCAUUGGAUCCCUAGAGAAGCUUUCUAAUCUGAGUUUUUUUGGAUGCUCUAAACUCCAAAUUCUUCCAAGAAGCCUUAAGUUGAGAUCUUUACGUAAGCUUAAUCUUGCAAAUUGCUCAAGCCUUCGUGAUCUUUCUGAAAUCGAGUGUAAAAUAGAAGCUUUACAUACAUUGGAUCUAUCUCACACUGCAGUAGAAGAACUACCUUUAUCCAUUGGGAACAUUGUUGGACUUAAGAUAAUAGUUCUACGUAAUUGCAAAAACCUUAUGCGUCUCCCAAUUGCUUUGAUCCAGUUGCAAUAUUUAUUCCAUCUUCAUUUUCAUGGUGUUACAAAUUUUGUAAAGAAGAUGAUGAGGGAUGAUGGACAAUCCCUUGAUCUGCCUAAUGAUUCUACAACAAUGGAAGGCAAUAUAUCAAAUUCAAGCACUGCAUUACAAGUAUCGAAUCUUCAAAUUAGUUGUUCCCAUUCAGAAUCAAAUUUCUUUCCACUAUAUUGUUUCUUUACCAUGUUUAAUUCCUCGACCAGCUUGAAAAUGUUAAAUUUAGGGGAGACUGAUAUUGUUAGCCUUCCCACGAGCAUCAAAGGAUUUGUUACACUAACUUGGCUUUGCUUGGAAAAUUGUCAUAAACUCGAAGAAAUAGCAGAGCUUCCUCCAAAUAUAGUAGAAGUAGAUGUUAGUGGAUGCAAGUCACUAGAAAGAUUUUCGGAAGUAUCAAAAAUAUUGGAAUUCAAUGGAAGCCACAUCAGAUCUUUACUUCACAUUGAUAUGCGUGGUUGCCACAAAAUGCAUGAGAAUAUAUGGAAUGAUAAAGUGCAAAAUCCUUUAUUGUGGAAGGGACUCUAUCAUUACGACGCUGCUUUGUUUCCGGAAAAUCAGAUUCCAGACUGGUUCAGAUAUGUUCAUAAGUUUUUAGAUAAUGAGAUGGAGAAAGGGCCUGAUGAUGAUGCCCGACGGAGGGGAACAGAAGAAUGGGCAAUAGAUAUUGAGGGGCCACACUAUUUGGAGGAUAUUAGUGGAAUUGUAUUGUAUGUCGUACAGUUUUUCAAUGAUGCUCGUAUGUCGAACACAAUUAUUGGUGAUGUUAAGAUUACCAAUAAGGGCUCAAAUCAUGUAUGCGGUGUUCAGAAAGGGGUAGAAUUGGCUAAUAUGGAUUGGAUGAACGAGGGAGGAACUGGAUGUGAUGUAUGGGUGGGGUACUCCAAUUUACAACCUUUUGAACAAAAGGUUUUGGACAACUUGCAAGUCCAAUUUUGUUUCCGUGCUCAUUAUCCCUCAUCUAAUGUAGAUCCGGUGCCGUUUUAUACAAGUUGUAGAGCCAAGGUGGUAUACAAGAAUGAAACGAGAGCAAACAGAAAAAGAAAAAUGGAUGAAGCCAAUGUUCCAAACAGUCCUCAACAGCAAUUGACUUAAUGAUAACCCAAAUCAGGUGGAGACGUACGAUGAUUCAAAGGACCCUGCCUUUUUUUGGCCAUUGCCCUAUUUUAAGGCCCAUAAAAUAUGAAAUAUGAUGUUUAAGACCUAAUUUUAGUCCUUGCCAAUGAAAUAAAGGUGGCCAUUUGGUUACUAUUUGAUGUUAAAAUUCCUUUAAUC